AUGUUGUUUGGUUUUAGCCUUCGUGAUAAGGCUCAGACAUGGUUGAGUGAUGUCAAGGAGACAGAGUGGAGUGCUAUUUCACAGGCCUUUCUAGAAGAAUUCUUUCCACCCACCAAGACUGCUGAAAUAAGGCAUAAGCUAACUACAUUCACUCAAGAACCUGGUUAUGAUUUUCUUGCCAACUUAGCUGCCAACCAUUACAGCACCACCAGAUCCACAUCUAAGAAGGGAAAAUUGGAUGUCGAUGCUUAUGCUCUAUUGUCCUCACAAGUGGCAGCCUUGAACCUGAAGAUCGAUUCUUUGAAGGCUCCUCAGUCUAGUACACCCCCAAUGAGUAUCAAUGCUAUGUCUAGUGUAGCUCCAGUGACAACUUCUUACUGCGAAGUAUGUGGCAUCCAAGGUCACUUUGGUCAUGAGUGCUCUUAUAGUUUACAGGAUACUACGCAAUUGGAGCAAAAUCCUCAACCCCAGCAACAAUGGUCGCAACCACAGUUCCAUCCACCUCAACCACAUGUUGCUAGGCCUCCAUUUCAACAAGGAGCCUCACAUAAUGCUCCCCCGGGGUUUAAUAGGCCCCCGCAUCAAGGAUAUCAACAACCCCCUCAGAGCAGUGCUACUCCAGAGCCUAACAUGGGUGAUCUGUAUAAGCUCAUUGCAAAUAUGCAGAAGACCGCAGAGAUAGCUCAAAAGAACCAUGAUGAGAGCAUCAAAGAGUUGAAGAAUCAGAAUAGAAUGUUGGAGAAUCAAGUUGCUCAACUUGCUGACACUCUGUCUCAAAGGCAACCGGGUACACUACCAGGGCAACCUACUCCGCCCCAGAACAGAGAAAGUGCCAAUGCUAUCACUCUUAGAAGUGGCACUAAAUAUAAUGGACCCCCGAUGCCCACUGAUGAUGCAACUCUUGCUAAGGAGAACACAGAUGGACCAGGGAAAGCAAUUGAUGCAGAGCCUCAAGUCCUGGAAGUUGGUAAUGCUGAUGAUGUUGGUGCAAAUAAGGGGAAAGAGAAGAAUUCUGAUUCUCUCCCUAUUGUGCCUAAGUUACCUUUCCCUCACCGGAUGCAGAAAACUAAGGUUGAUCAACAGCUUGGUAAGUUCUUGGCAAUGGUCAAGAAUCUUGAGGUAACGGUCCCUUUUACUGAUUUAAUAUCUCAAGUUCCUGUUUAUGCAAAAUUUUUGAAAGAGAUGAUCACUAAGAAAAGGGAUUAUGGUGGUGUGGAGAGAGUCGCUCUAACUGAAGAGUGUGCAAGUGUGUCUAUCAUGCCCCUUUCUGUCUGUAAUAGGUUGAAUAUGGGAAAACUAAAAUGCACGCAAAUCACUUUGCAAAUGGCAGAUCGUUCUAUAAAAUAUCCUUUAGGUAUUUUGGAGGAUGUUCCUGUCCGGGUGGGAAAAUUCUACAUUCCUGUUGAUUUUGUGGUGCUAGAUAUGGAGGAGGAUAGUCAAAUCCCCAUAAUUUUGGGUAGGCCAUUUUUAUGUACUGCAGGUGCUGUUAUUGAUGUCAAGUCUGGGUCUCUUACUUUGAGUGUUGGUGAUGAUACUGUUACUUUUAAUCUAACCAAUGCUGUGAAGUCUCCUAUGCUUGAGAAUACUUGUUGCAGGAUUGAUAUUGCAGAAGAGAUUUCUCUAGACAACAUUCCUAGAAUGUUGUAUGAUGAUCUAUUGCUGGCGACUCUCACCUUGGAAGCCCAUAAAGGGGAAGGAGAUUGUGAGAUUGAUUCCUUGAUCUCGGAUUUAGAUGGAAUUGAAGUUGAGAAGGUCGAUGGUUUUGAGGUAUUGGCAACUGUUUGCUCUAUUUCCGAGCCACAGGUAACGAAGGUAGAACUAAAACCAUUACCAUCUCACCUUAAAUAUGCAUUUCUUGAUGAUAAUGAGGAUUUUCCGGUGAUCGUUAAUGCUGCACUCGACGAUAGCCAGCUUUCUAAGCUUCUGACCGUGCUACGUAUGCACAAAAAGGCAAUCGGGUAUAGCAUUGACGAUCUCAAGGGCAUUAGUCCUGACUUUUGUAUGCAUAGAAUUAACUUGGAAGCAGAUCACCGCCCUCGCAUACAACCACAACGUCGUUUGAAUCUUAAUAUGCAAGAUGUGGUGAGAAAAGAGGUAGUGAAACUACUUGAUGCGGGCAUCAUCUAUCCCAUUUCAGAUUCUAAAUGGGUGAGCCCGGUGCAAGUCGUUCCUAAGAAGGGGGGGACAACGGUCGUUAAAAAUGAUAAGGAUGAGCUUAUCCCCACUCGUGUUGUCACAGACGACCAGGAGAAGACGACGUUCACCUGUCCAUAUGGAACUUUUGCAUACCGCAGAAUGCCGUUUGGUUUGUGCAACGCCCCUGCUACAUUUCAAAGGUGUAUGAUGGCCAUCUUUUCUGACUUCAUCGAGGAUAUCAUGGAGUGCAACUUUAUGGUCAAUGAAGGAGUGGUACUUGGUCAUCUUAUUUCUGAGCGUGGCAUCCAAGUUGACCGAGCAAAAAUUGAGGUGAUCGAGAAACUUCCCCCUCCCGUGAAUGUCAAGGGAGUGAGGAGUUUUCUCGGUCAUGCGGGUUUCUAUCGCCGUUUCAUAAAAGAUUUUUCUAAAAUUGCGAAACCCCUCACUCAAUUACUGCUCAAGGAUGCCACAUUUGAGUUCACUGAUGCUUGUUUGGAGUCCUUUGACAGGAUAAAGAAAGCAUUGAUAACUGCUCCGAUCAUUCAGCCUCCGGAUUGGGAUUUGCCGUUCGAAAUUAUGUGUGAUGCGAGUGAUUUUGCUGUUGGAGCAGUGCUUGGCCAAAGAAAGAACAAGGUGUUGCAUGCCAUCUAUUAUGCAAGCAAAACCUUGGAUGGAGCUCAGAUGAAUUAUGCUACUACCGAGAAAGAGCUCCUUGCGGUUGUUUAUGCACUUGACAAAUUCCGGACGUAUCUUGUUGGCUCGAAAGUCAUUAUACACACUGAUCAUGCCGCUUUGAAGUAUUUGUUGGCCAAGAAAGAGGCCAAACCGAGACUUAUUCGAUGGAUUCUUCUUCUCCAGGAGUUUGAUUUGGAGAUUCGGGAUAAGAAGGGUGCUGAGAAUGUUGUCGCAGAUCAUCUCUCUCGGUUGAAAUUUCAAUCUAGCACAGACGGGGCUAUCAAUGAUUCUUUUCCUGACGAUCAUCUAUUCUCUGUGUCUACUCAAUCCCCAUGGUAUGCGGACUUUGCAAACUAUUGUGUUGGUGGGUCCCAUCCUCCGGAGUUGACAUAUCAACAACGUAAGAGAUUCUACCAUGAUGCUAAACGGUAUUUUUGGGAUGAUCCACAUUUGUAUCGGAAGUGUGCCGAUGGUAUGUUUCGUAGGUGUGUAGCGGAUUGGGAUACCCACGGGGUUCUUAAGCAUUGCCACAGUUUACCUUCUAGUGGCCAUCUUGGUGCUAUUCCGACCGCCCAUCGAACUCUUCAAAGUGGUUUCUAUUGGCCUUCUAUAUUCAAGGAUGCUCGCUUCUUUUGCAAUGCAUGUGAUGAAUGUCAACGGACGGGCAAUGUUUCGAAAAGGCAAGAGCUACCACAGACCGGAAUUCUUGAAGUUGAGCCAUUUGAUGUAUGGGGCAUUGAUUUUAUGGGACCGUUCCCUUCUUCAUGUGGGAAUCGGUACAUCUUGGUUGCCGUUGAUUACGUUACAAAGACUUUUAAGGCUCUUCUGAAGAAGCACGGAGUUACUCAAAAGGUUGGCAUGGCUUAUCAUCCUCAAACGAGUGGCCAAGUCGAAGUUUCUAAUCAACAGAUCAAGAGAAUUCUCGAAAAAGUGGUCAACAAGUCUCGAAAAGAUUGGUCGUUGAAGUUGGAUGACACAUUGUGGGCGUUGCGCACGGCCUACAAGACUCCGUUGGGGACAACUCCGUAUAGGUUGGUGUAUGGCAAAGCUUGUCAUUUACCAGUUGAAAUGGAAUAUCUCUCUACUUGGGCCGUCAAGGAGAUCAAUAUGGAUUUAGAAGCGGCCGGUGAAGCGAGACUUCUUCAAUUGAAUGAGCUAGAUGAACUACGGUUUGAAGCUUACGAGAAUCAUAGGCUCUAUAAGGAGCAAACGAAGAAGUUUCAUGAUAAGAUAAUUCAAAAACGGGAGUUCAACAUCGGUGAUAAGGUCUUGCUUUAUAAUUCACGACUACGGCUUUUUCCAGGAAAGCUUAAGUCUAGAUGGUCCGGACCCUUUACUAUCACCGAAGUCAAGGAACAUGGAGCUAUUGAGGUUGCUAGUGAAAAUGGCACCAAGUUCAAAGUGAACGGUCAACGUUUGAAGCUAUACACUGAAGGAGCGUUUAUUGGAAAAUUGGAGACGAUCUAUCUCUCCGAUCCACCCACCGACGCUUAA